AUGGCCAGGACAAAGGUCCUCAAGCAAAGGCAGCAGGCAGCGGUGUCGUGCGCUCCGCCGGCGCAAAGCAUUGGCUCGGAGCUGCUGGACAACGAGGAGAGCAAAGGUACCUCCUUCAAGUCACUUGGGCUGUGCGAGGAACUCAUCGGCGCCUGUGCGGAGGCGGGUUGGCAAAACCCGACACGCAUCCAGGCCGCAACAAUUCCCCCUGUGAAGGAGGGGCGAGACAUCAUUGGUGUGGCACAAACAGGUAGUGGAAAAACGGGGGCAUACGUCCUUCCUCUUGUGAACUGGCUGCUCACGCAGUCGAAGGUGCCGUAUCUCUCCGUUCUUGUGAUGGUCCCAACCCGUGAGUUGGCGCAGCAGGUGACGGCGCAGUUUUUGAUGCUGGGGCACAGCGUGGGGCUGCGCGUCGCGACGUUGGUUGGAGGGGCCGACAUGGUGGAUCAGGCCUGUGAGCUGAGCAAGCGACCGCACGUUGUCGUCGGCACUCCAGGCCGCAUCAAGGAUCACUUGCACAACACAAAGGGCUUCCAACUCGUCAAGCUUCACGCCCUCGUUUUGGAUGAGGCUGACAAGAUGCUUGACAUGGAUUAUGAAAAGGAGAUUGAUGCAAUUCUGGAGCACUUGCCACACGGUCGCCAGACUUUGCUUUUCUCUGCCACGCUCAACACAAAGAUCGAUCGCCUGCAGAAGGCCUCCUUAAAUGACCCUGUUUUGCUGGAGGUGCAUAGAAAAAACACAACUGUAGACACGCUGAAGCAAUACUAUGUGUUUUGCCCCUUCGCGCAAAUGUUGCCGUAUCUGCACUUGUACCUCACACGUGAAACGGGAAAUCACAUUCUCGUUUUCUGUCGCAGCGCCGCGUUGGUGCACCGCAUCACACUCACCCUUAGGAUUUUGGGGCACCAGGCGCUGCCGCUUAUGGGGCGUAUGGAUCAAGCAAACCGCAACAUUGCUCUGACAAAGUUUAAAGAGGGAAAGGUGCGGAUUCUCGUGGCCACAGAUGUGGCUCAACGUGGACUAGACAUUCCCCACACAGACGUUGUUGUAAACUACGCGCUACCGGAUCGUGUAGAGGAUUACAUUCAUCGUGUGGGACGUACCGCCCGUGCGGGGGCCCAAGGCAAGGCCGUGAAUAUUAUUAGUCAAUAUGACAUUCUGCUGCUACAAAAAGUGGAGGCUUCCACGGGGGUGAAGUGUGAGGAGUGGCCCGUUCAGGAGGGUGACGUGGCGGCGGUGCUACAACGCGUGGAGGAUGCAGAGCAAGAGACGAUUAAGGAGAUCCGAGAGAAUGAGCAGGAGUCUAAGUUCCAAAAAGAGGCGCACCAUUUGGUCACGGCGAAGAAGGGGAAACGGGAGCGCGGGGACAGUGACAUGGGCCACGACGACACAAAGCACGGCACGACGGACUUCGCGACGUUGCGUCUGCGCCGUGAGAAUGAGGCUGUUUUUAAGAUGACCAAAAAGCAGCAGCACAAGUCCCUCUGGGCCAAACGUCGUGAGGCGCAGAAGAAGUCCAAGUCGUAA